GAUCUUUUGUCUUUCCCUUGUCCCUUUUUGGGUUUUCUCCGUUUCUUGUUUGUGGUUUUUUUUUUUUUUUUAAUGCUUAUAGUUGUGUUCUCCUCAUCUGGGUCCUUUCCAUUUCUUGUGAUUGUUGGUCUCUUUGUGUGAUGCCACUUGUUUGGCAGUUUUGUUACAGCCUUUUUCCACAAAGUUGUAUCUCUUUUUUCUGAAUUUUUCCCUUUUUCCGCCUUAUAUUUAUGUCGUCUUCUCUUUUUCUGUAACAUUUUUUUGGUUGUUUUUGUUAAAGUACUUAACCUUCAAAAUUUCCUUGUUUUAUUCCAUCCACAGUGAUUAUUUAUUCUCAAGGGGGCUCACAACAGCUUGGUUCUGGACUCGAAUUUCUUGAACAUUAGUAGAGAUUCAUCAAGUGGUAGUUGUUUUGGAAAAUUGAGAGAUGGGGGAUCAUUUUGUGUUGCUUGUGAAUCGGCUGUUAACUGAAUCCACAUUAGAAGCUGCAAUUGAGAGCAGAAACCUGUCGAUGCAAGCCACAGCAUCAACAGUUGAUGACACUAAAAUUGAUAAAUCUUUCCAGAAAGUGGAUUUUGGUGAUAUAUCGACUCCAAGGAAAUUGGUGGAGUGCAGGAUAUGCCAGGAUGAGGAUGAUGAUUCCAAUAUGGAGACACCAUGUUCUUGUUGUGGCAGCUUGAAGUAUGUCCAUCGCAGGUGCGUACAGAGGUGGUGUAAUGAGAAGGGUAACACUACAUGUGAGAUAUGCCUCCAGGAGUUCAAGCCUGGUUAUACAGCACCACCUCCUCUGUUCCAAAUUGGGUUUCCAGUGAACUUCAGGGGAAAUUGGGAGACUUCCAGAAGGGAGUAUGGUCCUCACUUCAUAGCAGUGGUCUCAACUGAACGUAACUUUUUGAACAAUGACUAUGAUGAGUAUUCAGCUUCAACUACAAGAAAUGCAAUCUACUGUCGGUUAACUGCUGUAGUUUUCAUGGUUCUUUUAAUUCUAAGGCACUCCCUUCCUCUUGUUCUUAAUGGAACCAACAAUAUCUCAUUCCCGGUGUUUAUGUUGUUAUUUCUACGAACAGCUGGGAUUAUCCUUUCAAUCUAUGUAAUGUUAAAAGCAGUGACUGCUCUCCAGCGUUGCUGCCACCAUCAGGAGCCUCCAAAUUCAUCAUUUCAUUCAUAUGAUGAAGAUGCUGAGCAUCCAACCCUGCAGCCUCGACCACAUAUAAUAAAUGUUCAUUAGAAUCUGCCAGAUCUUCAAGUUGCUAUUUUGUUUCAAGGUAGAUGGAGAUAAUUUCAUUCUCAAAUGUGAAAAAAAGAUAGAAAAAUCAAAUUCCCAAGGUGGCUUCCUCACGGGGCAAAGUUUAAUGGGUUCUGAUUUCUGAAAGAGCACGGUAUCUUGUUUGUUGACAGUGACAAACAAACGACGGUUCCUGGAAGACAAUAGUGAUUUAGAUUCCUAGAUUUGCAUUUUCUUUACUUCUCCACCAUCUAAAUGCUUUGUACAGUAAAAAAAGGUUCCAAUCUAUAUACAAACAUUUAUACGAAGAACACAAACUGACCUAUCGAGUGCAAGUCUCUAUCUUUCCAUCCCUAGCUGCUAGAAAUUGAAAUCUAAUCUUUUGCAGCAA